UGGAUCCGGACACUUACGUCGGUCUCGCAGACCUAGAUGAGAGCGCGAGUCGCGAAUGCAUGUUUCGCAUUAACGUUUCCAGCGACGCGGAGCUCGAGAGGAUGAAGACGUGUACACCAGGUCAAGUCGCUGACAUGUACGCGACGACAUUGGUAGAGUGCGCCAGCAAGGUGGAUCCACCAGUGACGAACCCAGUUCCAAGUGCCGCAGCCGCAGAAGAAGAAGCGAAGCCGAUCGAACUGUUGUGGCUGAAUCUGGGAAUUCUGGCGCAAAAUCUGGUGAACGCCUUGAAGACCAUGAAAGAGGCCAAUGCCCA